CAUAUGAUCACAUCCUUCCGGGAGACUUGAAGUAUCAAGACCAAGCUUAAGGCAGGGCCCAAGUGAUCAUGCCAAAGGAACAACGCAAGGGCACUGGUUCAAGGACUUAUGUUUUGAAGUUUGACAUGCACUGCCAAUGCAACGGUUGUGUCAAGAAGAUCAACGAUGGGUUAAAGGAGAUUAGCCGUUCAGAAGGGGUAAAGAGAGCUGAUCUUUUGGUAGAGACAGGAGAGGUGAAAGUGAUCGGGAGCAUGGACCCAGAGAAGCUCUGUUGUCUUUUGCAUGAAGUAACAAAGAAGCGUGUGAAGAUAGUUACCCAAAGCACCCUGUCUGAAGGACGCAUUGCAACAUCUCAGCAAACCAAGAACCUAUUUGGUCAGGCGCCUUCUGAUUCGUUUACGCCGGAGGCUGGGGAAAUCUCAAGUAGAUGGCAAAACGGCCUCAGCUCCUUCCCCAUAACCCCAAGCGCGCCGCCGUUGCCGGAGGCUUGGAGCCAGACGGCGCCUUCAGAACGAUGCUGGUAUCGCUGGUCAGCGCCUUCCAGCACGCUUGGCAUGUGGGUUGCGUCGGACAUCACCGGGACACUGGCGAUGUACGAGCUCUGAGCAGCAGGACCUGCAUGUGCUUCAAGACCAUUGUUACAGCACUAGAUAUUCCAAAGUAUCCUGGACCGUAAUCCGCGUUUGGAGUUUUGGAUGCUGUUUGUGAAUGGCCAUUUCCCCUUCUUUUCUUAAAGGCCCUGGGAAUCAAUUUCAAUUUGUCAGACAUGGGACAGCUCUCUUGUGCUUCGUUGUAACAUUAACUGUUAAUGUGCUUGGGGUUUAGUCUAAUCAUUGAAGCAACAUGCAUUGGAUCGGCAUGCUGUGCCCACUGGUCGCUAAAAAAACAAGUGGUGUGAAGUGACACGGAAGACGAGCCUAGCGCGUCAACCACGCCAAGGCAGGCAGGCAACUCCAGUUUUGUAGGCGGUACAGUACACUGAUCUGAAUACCUGAUUGUACGGGAGUGCUGGUCCUCUUCUCUCCUCUUGGCCUGUCGUUGGUUGGAGAAGCUGUUUUUAAAACAGUGUCUGGAUCGCCAUGCAUCUUGUUCCCUGAUUGUUUACCGACUCUGCUAUUUAUUCUUGCACGGCAUAAGUAUCUAGCAAGACUUGA